CUUUAGUUGGAGAUUACGCUACUAUGGGUCAAAAGCGUGUCGCACAUGUCGCCAAGAUCAAGGGGCUUAGUCGCGAAGUUCGGAUUGUAAGUAAAUAAGUUCCCUGCACUAUACCGACUAGAAAGAUGUAAAAAAGUUUUUUAUGCCAAUAAGAAUAAAAGAUUUCAAAGUGAUAAAGAAUGGCACGGGCAUUGUAUUUUUUCGGAAUGACCGUGAUUUAAGUGAAGCUCUGAAAAAGGAAGGUGAGGUCAGUGGCAGAGCAGUUAAAGUUCUUAAGCAUGUUCCGAAGAAGAAGCAAUGCCCAGACACUCAUGAUCAGAAUCCACCUAAACCCAGUUGGCCAACGAAGACAACUGAGGAAAUUAUGUCGGCCAUUUUAGAGACAGGCCGACUUUUUGUCCGAAAUUUGUCCUACACGUGCACUGAGCAAGACCUUGAGAAACUGUUUUCUCCAUUCGGUGCUCUUUCAGAUAUUCACUUGGCCUUUGACUCAUGGUCACAUACGUCCAAAGGGUUCGCAUUCGUCACAUUUCUCUUCCCUUCUGAUGCAGUGAAAGCUUACAAAUCAUUAGACAAGACUAAAUUUAUGGAUAGACUGCUUCAUAUCAUUCCUGGUCAAGAACCUUUAGAAUCUCAGCAUACAGCUAAGAAAUCUACAGAUAGCGUCCAAGAAAGUGAAAAUCCGACUGAACCACCAAAGAUGUUGCAAUCGAGUUUCAAAAGUGAACGCUUUGAGGAGCUUAAAAAGAGCUCAAACGUUGGACACAACUGGAAUGCACUAUUUAUUCGACCAGAUGCUGUUGCUACUUAUUUGGCUGCGAAAUUCGGAUUAACCAUGGAGCAAGUUUUAGAUCCAACCGGUAAUAAAUCAGUCGCUGUACGUCUGGCACAUGGUGAGACUCAAUUAAUUGCUGAAAUGAAAGAGUUUCUUCAAUCUCAUGGUGUACGACUAAAGGCUUUUGAAAACCAAAAUGAUGGUGAUGUAAAUGGAACUGAAAAUCAUCCUGUUGUUCCUGAAGCCUCUGGUCAGCGUAAUCGCCUAGAAUCAAAAUCACAAUCGGCUAUCCGCCAGUUAUCGGGAACUGCCUUUUUAAUUAAAAAUUUACCCGCUGGAACAACUGAGCAUGAAGUUCGUGAUUUACUUAGACAAUAUACAAAAAGUACAGUGGACGCUGAUCCAAAUACUGCUUCACUUCGUUCAGGCUUAAAACGUGUCCUAGUGCCUCCAUUAGGUAUUACUGCUAUUGUAGAGUAUACUCAUUCUCAACAAGCUCGGUUGAUGUACAAAGCGCUUGCAUAUGAACCGUUUCGGGAUAGUGUUCUCUUUGUCCAAUGGUUACCCGAUGGUGCUUUGAAACCUGCACCUGAAGAAAAGCUGUCUAAAGAAGAAAAGUCGAAAAAAAUCUCUCAUAAGAAACGAGCUGCUGUUGAAAAAGUCAUCAAAACUGAACAAUCUGAUGCAGAGUUCGAAUUGGUCACCUCAGUUCCUACUGAUAAUUAUACACCGAAGACGAAAGAAGAACAUGAGGUUGAAGAUGUAGAAAUGAAUUCACCGCCUAAAGGCAAUGACAAAUUAAAUGGAACAAAAGCAUCCGCUAAGAGCAAACAACACUUGAAUAAAAAACAGAAAAUUAAACAGCAGACAAUGAAUGCUGACAACGAUCUUGUCGUCCGUCAGAGUAAAAAGGUUAAAAUGACUAGUGAUGAUGAUUAUGAUGAUGAUGAGAAGAAGGCUGGGGAGGAAGAAGACGAUAAUGGUUCACAGUCUGAAAAUACCACAGAGAAGAGUGGUAUUCAUGGUGAAGGAAAAAUCACUGCUCAGAAGUCAUUCUUACGAAAACCGAAUAAAAUUGUAAUAGUGCGUAAUGUACCGUUCCAAGCUACACAAAAAGAAUUAGUCGAGUUGUUCCAACCAAUCGGUGGUCUUGUCAAUGUUCGAUUACCGAAGAAGGCAACAGGUGGACAUCGUGGAUUUGCAUUUAUUGAAUUUGAUACAUUGGAUAAAGCUAAGGCUGCAAUAGAAACACUCGGUGUGGCUACACAUUUAUUGGGUCGUCGUUUACGUAUUGAAUACGCUCAGGCAUGAGGAGGAGGAUUUAAUAAUAAUGGGAUCAUACAUUUCUAUCUUUGUAAAUAAUACUAUUUUUCUUUAUUUUGAAGAUAAAAUAUUCAUUUUCCAUCAGAAA